AUGAACAAUCACGAGUUUCACAUGAUCAACGAGGACCAGCUGCGAGCGGCGGCGGCAAAGGGCGUCGGAGGAGCAGGCGCCACUGAAGAAGGGGCGGCGGCGGCUGCUGCUGCGGCAGUUGCCGCCGAGGCAGCCGCCCCCAGCUACCUGCAGAGCUACCUGAACUCGGGCGUGGGCGUCGGAGGCAUCGGCUGUGGACCCGCCUCUGUCCUGCCCGAGCUGAUCAGUGGUAUGACCACUGUGGAUUACCAGCACCAAGGCCUGAACCGAGCCACCAGCGGCAGCAGCCCCACCUCCAUUCCGCCCAUCCUCUCGUUGAAGCAUCCCUUUGCGAGCUUCGGCACCAGCAAGAUGCACGCCGAUGGCAGCUACAGCCUGGCACCCGUCACCAUGAAAUAUCGGAACAUCGGCAAGAAUGGCCUUCGCGUGCCGCUGCUCGCCUUUGCCGCCUGGCAGUGUUUUGGUCAGCUGGACGAGGCGGUGGCUGACUCCGUUUUGACGACUGCCUAUGAGAACGGCAUCAACUACUUCGACACGGGGGACGCCUUUGCGGGCGGCGCCGCCGAGGUGAUGCUCGGCUCGAUACUGAAGCGCAAAGCCUGGCGCCGCAGCAGCUACAUCGUCAGCAGUAAGCUCUUCUGGAAGGGCGGGCCCUCGACCCACCUGGGCGGCGGCCUCUCCCGUAAGUUCAUCAUCGAGGCGGUGGAGGCCUCGCUGCGGCGGCUGCAACUCAAGUACAUCGACAUUCUGAUCAUCCACAAGCUGGACGCAAUGUGUCCCAUGGAGGAGAUUGUGCGAACCAUGUCGUACCUGAUCAAGAACGGUAUCAUCUUCUACUGGGGCUGCUCCCGUUUCGCGCCGAUGCACCUCUCCGAGGCCUUCUGCAUCGCCCGCCAGUUCAACUGUCCGCCGCCGAUUGCCGAGCAGAUGCUCUACGACAUGAACGUUCGCGAGAAGAUGGAGCUGCAGAUGCUGGAGCUCUUCCACAAGUCCGGCAUCGGCUGCAUCACCUGGUCGCCGAUCUCGCUCUCCAACGACCCCGGCAUCGUUCUACUGACUCGUCGGCAGACCUUCUGGGGCAGUGGACUUGGAGGGGGCGGGGGAGGCUAUUUCGGCGCCACCACCGCCAAGUGCACCGAGCUGGUGAAGUUGUGCGCGAAGUUGGGCUGCGACCUGACGCAGCUUUCGCUCGCCUGGUCGCUGCAGAAUGAGAACGUCAACACGGUGCUCAUCACCGCCAGCUCCGUUCCGGAGCUUUUUCAGAAGUUGAAUGCCAUCAAGCUCUACUCCCUCCUCAACACCUCCAUCAACGAGGAGAUUGAGCGCAUUUUGCAGAACAAUCCCGUGCUGAAGCGGCAGAUGGCCAAGACGCCUUCCAUCACCGUCGAUGUGCCAGAGCCGACGGUAGGUAGUGGUGAUGGUGAUGAGGCUGAGGAGGUAGGUGAUUGA